AUGCGGGGCAGGUCAACAUGCGUGAAAAACCGCGCCGACGUCAACUGUGUAUCUCAGUUAGUGAAUGUCCGCCUCGAGAACUAUGCCGAUACACCUAGAGUUGAGAGUAACCACGACAGCCGUUGCGCCGCCCCGACUAUAACCGUGACGUGUGACAGGCCAGGUCAAUGCAUCGGUCCCAGCACCCCUUUAACAAAGGAGUUCAUGCUCAAAGUAUUACAGGAACUGAUGUUCGAUGUUUUUGAGGAGCUCAAAACUUUUAAACUGGACAUGAGUUCACUUUCGGACACGGUGAAAACCUUCAGGAAAGAUAUGGAUGAGGUAGCUGCCUCAGUGAAGUUUGCAUCGGACAAGCUGGAUGAAGCAAACAAGCUCAUGAGAGAGAUGUCCGCCGAGUUCGUCACUUUAAGAAAGGAGAAUGAGGAGCUUCGUUCUAGGAACGCUAAUCUUACCUACAAAGUCACCGCUCUGAAAGACAAAGUAAGAUCAAUGGACCAGUACUACAGGAAAGACAACUUAGAGAUAAGCGGACUGCCUGUGACACCGAACGAGGACACCAACAGCCUAGUGAAGGAUCUCGCGCAAGCUCUGGGUGUGGAGGUCAGCGAGAGUGACAUCUCAACUUCUCACAGGGUUCCUGCUUUUCAGAAGAAUCGUACUCCAGCACUAACUGUACAAUUCGUAAGAAGAUCAACACGGGACAGCAUCAUUGAGAAGUACAGGCAGAGAAAAGGAGGACUGACGGCGCGGGAUGUGAGUGCGGUGUUUCCUGGGGACAGAAUCUUCGUGAACGAGCACCUGGCACCGGACAAUAAGGUAUUUCUUUCUAAGUUGAAAGCAAAGUGUAGAGAAGUGUGGUACGCCUAUGCCUGGGCACGGGAUGAGAAGUUCUUUGUACGAAAGAGUCAAGGCGCUCCUUUCAAGAGAGUCGAAUCUUAUGAGGCACUUGAAAGUCUUACUUAA